AUGGAGCCUGAGGUCUCGGAGACGGAAUUCUGGGAUGAACUCCAAACGAUCGUCUCCAAGCCCUGCGACUCCGAAGACCAGAUCGACGACGCCCUCCGAGCUUAUCUGGGUAUAACGACUCGAUACAAAGACGAAUACCUUCGGUCGGAAACUGAUAUCUCACGCUGCUCCUACAAGCUAUUUACGUCGAGUCUCUUCGCCUCCCAUGCAGACUACGUGCGACGUCAGAUGCUCUACGGUCUCUUGCAAGAUGACGAUCCAGAUACCCUCCACUUCCUUGCGUCAUUCAUCCUUUUCGACGGACGGCAGAAUGAAGUCGUGCUCCAGAUGCUGAACGAAGAGGGCGCGUUUGCGCGUCUUCUGGAGCUUAUACAGGCUAUGCGAAGGGCGGACCUUGACGGCGAUGCGGGGCUGCAUCGCUUGUUGAUGGAUCUUGUAUAUGAGAUGUCGAGGAUCCAGAGGAUCAAAAUUGAAGAUCUGGUUCUCGUGGAUGACGAUUUCAUUCGCUGUCUGUUUGAUAUCAUUGAGUAUCUGUCUUAUGAUGUUACGGAUCCAUAUCAUUACCCGGUGAUUCGGGUGUUGCUGGUUCUCAAUGAGCAGUUCAUGAUUUCGGCUCAUGAUCCUGUGGAUGGCCGGCCAUCUGAUCAAUUAACUAACAAGGUUAUCAAGACUUUGUCUGCAUAUGGGGGCUUGUAUAAGACCUUUGGCGAGAAUAUCAUCCUUCUCAUCAAUCGUGAAGCCGAGACGUCUCUACAAUUGCUCACGUUGAAGCUUCUCUAUCUCAUAUUCACCACCCCUAGCACAUAUGAAUAUUUCUUCACGAAUGAUCUGCAUGUUCUGGUUGAUAUCUUGAUCCGAAACUUGCUCGAUCUACCCGAGGAGGCAUCCGCACUGCGACAUACCUACCUGCGUGUAUUAUACCCUCUUCUAGCUCACACGCAGCUACGCAAUCCUCCACACUACAAGCGUGAUGGACUUCGUAGACUACUGAACGUCCUUGUCCAUGGACAGAUUUCCUACGGAAGCGACACAGAGCGCGAGAAGAUCCUACAUUUCGAAGAAGUCGAUGAGACAACACGCCGCCUUGUCGCUCGAUGCGCGUCAGUGGAAUGGCUGCGCGAUGUCGAACAGCCCGAUUCAGUAGAGACACUGGACACGCCCACCCAAAUAACCUCAACCACAAUCGAAACCGUGCUGGAUCAAUCUGUACAACAUGCCUCGCCAACAGAGAUCCGCGAAUCCCCCGAAAUUUCUCGUACAAUCUCACGAGCAAGCACAAUGGCAAGCACUCCAGACACAGCAUCGCCAACAAGAAUGGACUCACGCGGUUCAUCCAACGCACCAGAUAGUCGAAAACACAGCAUAGCCCACCGACUCGGCAUGAACCUAGACUCAGCAACGGCAUCCUCACUCAGCGUCCAGGCCGUCGCAGCACAGCACGAAAAACCCGGCAUCCUAACACCCAGCCGCAGAGACGUCCCCAUCGCCCCUCCCAACGACGAAACCCCAAUAAUCCGACCCCCAAAGAUCAAGCCCGAACCACCCAAAUCUCGCCGCUGGCGCGGCCGCCGUCAAGCCGUCGACGAAGAAGAGCACCAGUCCGCCACAAGCAGUGACGGCAAUACCAUCCCUGAAGGCGUGGAAAUCUGUUCAACCGCCACCUUCCCACCAACCACUCCAUCUUCCCAAACACACAGCGAUCGCCGCGACCCCGGCUCAAGCGCCACCCUUGCACCCCCAAGUCCGCAGCCGCGCCGGUCCGCUUCAAACCCUCCCCCAGCCCUCCCGCCCCCGCGUCGCUCCAGCCACACGACCCCUGCCUCCAGUCAUCACCGGCCAGUCAUCCCAACCGGGAUAGGCCGGCACGGACAGGCUCCGCUGCCGCCGAAAACGCGGCGGUCGGGCCGGGCCAAGGCUCAUGGACCGAGUGACUCGGUUGAGAGCGGGGCUAGCAGUGUCAGUCCAUCGAAAGAGCCGGAAUCUGGUAUUGCUGAACAUACAUGUACCCCUGUGUCUGAUCAGAAAGAGCAGGGCAGUCUUCCACCGGACCCGUCCUCGCCAACGUCUCCUACGCUGUUGAUCUCGCCGCCUGAGGCUGCCGCGGAAAAGGGUGGCCCACUCAGUGUAGAGGAGGCGGUGCAGAAUGUGUCUUUGCAGUGA